AUGACACAAGUCGCACAGAACGUUACCAGCCGGUACCUCAAGAAGGCCAGCCUCCAACAGCUCCUCGAGAAGAUCUUCCCAGGGCACACCAACUUUGACAUUGAAAUGAGAGAUGACGUUUGGCAUUUCAAGGCACCGAAGGAGGUUGACACUGAUGCCAUAGAUGCCGUGCGAGAUCAGUGA